AUAUGCAAAGAUUGAUUAGACAGCAUUCGGGUUCAUAGUGUUGCUUGGAAGAGAUAUAGACUUUAAAACAUGAAAUUAUUUAAGGUCUUGCUACUAUGUGUGACGAUUUUAUCAGAAUGCACGAGAGAAUCAAAAUCAAUUGAUUUUGACCCAACGGAAGACCAAAGAGUUGAUUAUGAUAAUCAAGAGGAACGAAGUGCAUCCAGUACAGAGGAAUGUUUUUGUUUACCAAUAAAUCCUCUAGGGAUACGUGUUUCAGAACAUUUUUCACUUGACGGUGAACAAGUUAGACUGGUUGUUUACUUGUAUAAAAAUAAAAAUAACAAAAUUACAAUAUACAUACCGAACAGAGAAAAACAGAUUCUCUUACCGGAUCUCACACUUGACGAGAAAGAUGGAUUAGAUAUAAUUGAUACGCAAAAAGUUACUGAUUUCUUUUAUAUUUAUGCAGAUAUGACUAUCCCUGAAAACAACCCUUCAAAUAAUGAGCAGUACUUGCCAGGGAAACGUAGACCACAGCUGAUCAUACCAGGCAAGAAUCUUAAUUUAAAUGUCGAAAAAAAAUUACCAAAUUACAACGAUCAUUUUUUAUAUUAUCCCGGAGUUGAAAAUACAUUUCCACCAAUACCUGACACCCUUGAUUCACCUGAUACGAGUGAAAACGAAAUUAAUUCUGGACAUCCACCAGAAAUACCAAAUAUAAAUGAAUAUCUACCAAACUAUCACUAUUAUCCAACUGUAAAUGGUAUACCAGGAAAUGGGAAUUUUAUAGCGUAUAAGCCGCCAAGAGUUCUUCCAUUUAAAUAUACACCCGAAAAUAUGCCGAAUAUAAAAAAUCAACUUAAUGAAGGCGGAAUUCUGAUGCCUGACACAUCUAUACCCGGAAGUGAUAAUGGCUAUGUUUUGAAAGUACCAAAUGUAUUUACACCUGACCCGAAUCUUCAACAACCUUUCGAGCAACACCAACAAGUUCACGAGACUCCCUUUUCUGAUAAUAUUAUUUUUGUUCCAUCCUCUGAUGUAAUUCAACAAUUUGAGCCUGAUGUAAGUAAUGCAGAUAAUUUUCAAUUGCGCCCUCAAAAAAAUGCAUUUUUCACUCCCUACAUGGAAUACACUAAUCAGCAGAAGACGUUACCUGGAAAAAAAUUUGAAGAGUGGUUUCAGAAACAAAUCGCAUUAAUACUACAAAAAAGAUAUUCAAAAUCUCAAGCGAUAGAUAAAAACGAAUUAAGAACAUUAAUUUUGAAUGUAUUGCAUAAAAAUGGAAUAAUCGUAAACAAAACUGGCCACUUAGUUGAUUCCAAUGGUAAUUUUUUAGAUUUAACUAACGUACAACUUCGUCCAAUUUUAUUAGGGGAUCCUGCUGAAUACCAUAAAUUAUUAGCUGCGCAAAAAUGUGUCAUACCUCACAAAUUACCAUAUUUUGAAGCAAUUCUUGUAACUCUAAAGAAUCCACCAAAAAUUUUGGGUAUAGUACCGCUGGGAAAGACUUUCAAUCAAAUACUAUAUGAAACUAAAAAAAUUUGUAAUUCCGGAUUGCGUGGUAAUGAAAAAAAUUGUAAGGGAAUUCAAUGUAACAAAAACAAAAUCAAAGCCUACGAAACAGACAAACUAAAAGUAUUAUUAGGAAAAGGCCUUCCGUCAGAUGGUACAUCACUAAACUUAAGACCAAUAGGCCAAAACCUUCUUCAUACACUCAUUAUGAAGGACCCAAAGAGCAAAACUGGCAUGAAUCCCGAAGACAAGCUAUCUUCAGAGAACAUUGAUUUUCCUGAGGAUUUAGAAAAUAAGAAAAUUGAAGACGAUGACGAUUCACCGGGCAUAAGGAUUAUUGGAGGACAUCCGGCAAUAAGCAGUGGCGCCAUGGUUCAGAACAAGGGUAGAUCUGGACAGGAUUACGAUUGAUUAAAUAAGAUUUAAAACUAUAUCUAUAAAUAUAAUAUCUUUUAUGUUAUACUUUUAUUGCGAGUUUUAAUAAUAAUAAAAGUUUUAGCAAUUUCAAAAAGUCAUUUAUCUCAGUU